CAGCCGCCGAGCCGCCUGGCUGCCUGCGGCGAGGAUUCGAGUCCGCAGCUCGGGGAAGGACGGGGGCGAGGCGCGGGGUGGGGGAGAGUCCCGGGGAGGACAGCGGCCGCGGCAUCCGCGCUCGGCCGCCCCUCACGCAGCGCUCCAUGCCGGUGUGGUGCUGCCGCUGCUCCCUGGCCGGGCAUUUCAGGAACUAUAGUGACACUGAGACGGAAGGAGAGAUUUUUAAUUCUUUGGUGCAAUAUCUUGGUGAUAAUUUGGGGCGAAAAGUUAAAGCAAUGCCAUUAGUUGAAGAAACUUCUUUACUUGAAGAUUCCUCAGUGACGUUACCUGUGGUAAUAAUAGGAAAUGGACCUUCAGGAAUAUGCCUUUCUUACAUGUUAUCAGGCUACAGACCAUAUUUAUCACCAGAAGCAAUGCAUCCAAACACAAUCUUACAUAGCAAACUAGAGGAAGCAAGACAUAUCUCCAUUGUUGAUCAGGACUUAGAAUACUUGUCUGAGGGCCUUGAGGGCCGAUCAUCCAAUCCAGUUGCAGUACUUUUUGACACACUUCUUCAUCCAGAUGCUGACUUUGGGUAUGAUUACCCAUCUACCCUGCACUGGAAAUUAGAGCAACAUCAUUAUAUCCCUCACUUAGUUCUUGGCAAAGGUCCACCUGGUGGAACAUGGCAUAAUAUGGAAGGCUCUAUGUUGACAAUCAGCUUUGGAAAUUGGAUGGAGCUACCCGGACUUAAAUUUAAAGACUGGAUGUCUAGCAAACGAAGGAACCUAAAAGGGGACCGGGUUAUGCCAGAGGAAGUAGCUCGCUACUAUAAACAUUAUGUAAAAGUCAUGGGUCUUCAGAAGAAUUUCAGAGAGAAUACUUAUAUAACAUCUGUAUCAAGACUCUACAGAGAUCAAGAUGAUGAUAGUCAAGACAGAGAUAUUUCAGAAAAGCAUUUACAGAAUCAGAAGUCAAAAUUUAUCAAGAGAAACUGGGAAAUCAGAGGUUAUCAGCAAAUAGCAGAUGGUUCUCACGUUCCCUUUUGCCUCUUUGCUGAGAAUGUAGCUCUUGCAACUGGAACACUGGAUUCUCCUGCACAUCUGGAAAUUGAAGGGGAAGAAUUUCCUUUUGUGUUUCAUUCAAUGCCUGAAUUUGGAGCUGCUAUAAGCAAAGGAAAGCUGUGCAGCAAGGUGGACCCAGUGCUGAUUGUUGGUUCUGGGCUUACUGCAGCUGAUGCAGUACUGUGUGCUUACAACAACAACAUCCCUGUGAUCCAUGUAUUUCGCAGACGAGUAACUGAUCCAGGCUUAAUUUUCAAACAGCUUCCCAAAAAGCUUUAUCCUGAGUAUCAUAAAGUCUAUCACAUGAUGUGUACUCAGUCAUAUUCUGCAGACUCAAACCGUUUAUCUGAUUAUACCAGUUUUCCUGAGCACCGUGUGCUUUCCUUUAAGUCUGACAUGAAGUGCAUUCUUCAAAGUCUCUCCGGAUUGAAGAAGAUAUUUAAACUGUCCGCAGCAGUAGUAUUGAUAGGAUCUCAUCCUAAUCUGUCUUUUCUAAAGGAACAAGGGUGUUACCUAGGCCAUAACUCAAGCCAGCCAAUAACAUGUAAGGGAAAUCCUGUGGAGAUCGAUGCAUAUACCUAUGAAUGUGUUAAAGAAGCCAACCUUUUUGCUUUAGGCCCUUUGGUUGGAGACAAUUUUGUUCGAUUCUUAAAGGGAGGGGCAUUAGGUGUUACACGAUGUUUGUCUACAAGACAGAAGAAAAGGCAGCAUUUGUUUGUUGAAAGAGGAGGAGGAGAUGGGAUAGCUUAAAGCAAGUUUAUGAGUGAUUUGGACUGUUAACUAUUAAAGAUUUUUAAUAGUGGUUUGCAGUGUACUCGCUUGAAUUUUCUGGACUUGAAUGAACUAGGAGAGCUCAAGCUAUAACUCUGUUUUCUAAAGUUAACAGAGCUUGGUUUCCUGAGUUAUAGUAAGAUGUAUCGAAGGUAUCAAUGUCAAACAAAUAGAUAGAAACACUGCCAACUUGCUAUUUUUAUGCUUUCAUUUAAACGGAACACUCUUUUCUAACUUGGCAUUUAGAGGAACUGUCCAUAAAUUCAUAUUGACUCACCUUACUCCUCAAAAGAUAGUCCAAGGGCCAGCAAGAUCAGCCUCCUCUGUAGCUCAUUAGAAACUUAGGCUCUCAGGUACAAGAUACUUGCUUAAUCAGAAAAUACAUUUCUACAGGAUCCCCAAGCUAUGUGUGGAUUCAAUAGUUUGAGAUGCACUGGUCUACAUGAAAAUGGGCUAUAAAGUACAUAUGCUGGGGUAGGGCAGGAGGAGGCAUUUUUAACUCAGGUUUUAUUUAUUUUGAAAUUAUCAGUUCUGUAAACCUAAUUUAUUACCAAAUAUGAUGGUCUUUUAAAAAUAUUUUUGUUGUUGAAACUUUGGUAGGGACUUCAUAUUCUUAACUUCUAAUAAUUUCAAUAAUGUUGAUAUCCAGGAACCCACCAAGAUAUUUUUAGAGAUUUGUUCUCUACUUAGCCAUCAUAACAUCAAAUGAAUAUGAUUUUCAGUUCAAUAAAUUGUGGAUGGAACUACUUA